AUGAGCGCCGACCACAAAACCUACCCUCCAGGGCAGGAGUACUCCGGCAGGAACCGGGUCCCCAACAUCCAGGAAUUCGUCGAGUCGCUGGACCGGGACAAAAAAGAGCGCGACGCCCGAAUCGAUGCCCAGCUGCAGUCCAACAACCAGCAUGGUGAGCCGCGCGACCACGCGCUGCCCCAGCAGCGCAAGCCCGGCAAGAACCGGCGCACCGUCCGCGACCCGGUUACUGGCAAGGACGUCGAGAUCGAGGAUAUCGAUGACCACCAUAUGAAGGCGGCCGAGGAGCCCAUGAUAACAAUUCCCAACCCGAACCUCGGCCGUCCCGCAACGCGGGCCACCUCGCCCAAGCAAUCGGGCGAAGAAUACCGCGUCGCGCAGGACACGACGGCCCCGCCGGACCCCGUGGCCGAGGGCGCGACGUCCGACGUGCCGAUCCACGGCGAAAAGACCAACGUGCUCUUCCACCCGACGCCGUCAGUCAGCUACGAGCCCAUGUACGCCGCCAUCGAGGCGCGCGCCAACGUGCUCUGCAUCGCCCUGUUCCUGGCCGUCGUCCUGAUGGGCAAGGCCCUGGGCGGGGGCAGUUUUUGGGGCCUGGUGCCGCUCGGCGCGGCGGUCGCGUCCGGGGUAUUUCUGUGGGCCAAGGACUUGAUCCGGCAGGGCCGGGCGACGGAGUGGAGCGCGGAGCAGAAGCGGGGGGAGACGGCCGUGGUGAACCUGAUUCCCGAGUCGGUCGAGUGGCUGAACACGGCGUUGGGGCUGAUUUGGGGGCUGAUUAACCCGGACAUGUUCGCGGCCGUGGCGGACACGUUGGAGGAUGUCAUGCAGGCGAGCGUGCCCAAAGUGAUUGAGCAUGUCAAGGUGAAUGAUAUCUCGCAGGGGAGCAAUCCGUUGCGGGUCCUGAGUCUGCGCGCGCUGCCGGACUCGCAUGUGAAGGAGUUGAAGGAAGAGAUUCACAAGAGGGACGCCAAAGUCAAGGAUCCGGAGGAGUUAGCAGCUGAGGAGGAAGGGGGCGACUUCUACAACCUCGAGGCGACCAUCGCCUAUCACUCGCUGCCGUCAACAGGGGAUGUGUCGACCAAGGCCAAGAAUAUGGGCAUGCAACUGAUAUUCUACGUCGGCAUCAAGGGCUUGUUUGGCGUACCGUUUCCGAUCUGGGUCGAACUGAACAGGCUGGUUGCGACUUGCAGACUGCGAGUUGGCUUGGCGCCGAAUCCGCCGUUCGUCAAGACGCUCAGCUUCACCCUGAUGGGCCUGCCCAAGGUCGAGGCCAGCUGCGUGCCGAUGAUGGAGAAGGCCCCCAACAUCCUCAACUUGCCCCUCAUCUCCAACUUCGUCAACUGGGCCAUCGCCACGGCGGCCAGCAUGUACGUGGCGCCGAAGUCGAUGACGCUCGACAUUGGCAAGAUGCUGGAAGGCGACACCAUCAAGAAGGAGACCAACGCGCUGGGCGUGCUGUUCAUCCGGAUCCACAAGGCCACAAACCUCAGCAAGCAGGACCAGCGCGGCAAGGUCGGCGGCGGGUCGGACCCGUAUAUCUGCGUGUCUUUCUCCAAGUUCGGCAAGCCGCAGUACUGCACCCGCGUGAUCCAGGACGACCUCAACCCCAUCUUCGAAGAGUCGUGCGCGCUGCCCAUAACGGCCGACGUCAUCAAAGCCGACGAGCAGCUGUCUCUCGAGCUGUGGGACAGCGACCGGUCGUCGGCCGACGACAUGGUCGGCAAAGUCGAGUUGAGCCUUCAGAAGCUGAUCCAGCACCCGGGCAAGAUGUUCCCGCAGGUGUCCCAGCUCAAGGGCGUCAAGGCCGAGAGCACCAUGCCGGGCGAGCUGCACUGGGAGGUCGGCUUCUUUGGUAAGACGCAGUUCCGCCGGGCGCUCCGCACCGACGGCCGCGACCCCAACCUGCCCAAGGAAUUGGCGGACAAGAAGGAGCUGCAGGACGACAAGGGCAGCCUCGAUACGGCCCAGGAGGAGGCCGCCGUGUGCACGCCGCCCGACCCGCUCUGGCCAAGUGGCAUCCUCAGCGUGGUGGUCCAUCAGAUUGUCAACCUCGAGAUCGCUAAUGUCAAGGGCUCCAAGGGCGGCAAGCGCACGGGCGGCAGGGAGUACGAGCCGGGGCGGCCCGAGGCGGGCGAAAUCAAGGAGGAGGAGGGCAAGAAGCUUCCGAGCGCGUACUGCACGAUCCUCAUCAACGACGAGCUCGCGUACAAGACGCGCACCAAGGUGGUGUCGUCGCGCCCCAUCUUCGAGGCCGGCACCGAGCGCUUCAUCCGCGACUGGCGGUCAUGCAUUGUCACGGUGGCAGUCCGCGACUCGCGCAACCGGGAGCAUGACCCCCUCAUCGGCGUCGUCCCGCUCCGGCUGUCCGACAUCCUCCAGACUAGCAGCCAGAGCACGCGCUGGUACCCACUCGAUGGCGGCAUCGGCUUUGGGCGCAUCCGCAUCAGCCUGCUGUUCCGGUCGGUCGAGCUGCGCUUGCCACCCACGCAGCUGGGAUUCGGCGACAUCGGCACCUUUGAGUUCACCUCGGACGCGCUCACCACGUCGGGCUACUGCCCAAGCGAGCGGACCAAGGUCAAGAUGCGGACGGGCGGAAGCUCGGCGUCGGUCAAGGGAGACGUGUGCAGCAAGACGGACGACGGCACCGGCCUGUCGUGGGACAUCAGCGGGACCGAGACUAGCAAGCGGCACAGGUCGACGCGCAUCCGGCUCCCCGUGCGGUUCCGGUAUCGAUCGCCCAUCUUCUUCGAGUUCCGCCCCUCGGGCAAGCGCCGCAAGACAGACACGUUCGCCUCGCUGUGGCUGCAGGACGUGCCGGAUGCUGAGGAGAGGGAAUUUGACAUCCCCAUCUGGCGCUGCGACAACGGCAUGCGGCUCUCUCAGAACUACAUCACGCCCGACAACGUGCAGUCGGUGCCGGACCUCAAGGUCGAGGAAGUUGGGCGGCUGCGGUUCAGGGGCCGGUUCAAGCCCGGCACGGACCGGGACCAUCUCCGGUUUGUGAGCGACAACGACUCGCGCGAGACGAUCGAGACGUGGGAGGCGUGCUUUGCCGAGGGUGUGCGGGAGGAACAUGUGCAUCCGAAAGUGCCGCCCGUGGUGCAGAAGCUGCACGACGAGAGUCUGACGCAGGGGCGGGAUGUGUUGGCCAUGGCGCCCGAGGAGGACAAGAGGAAGUGGCUGGCCAAGGACGGCACCGACUGGAGCGGGGCGUUUGGCGAGGAUCCGGCUGUGCUGCUUGAGAGAAACAAGAGCGAGCAGCAAGAUGAGGAUGAGGAGGCUGAGCAGCUGGACGGUGCUGUUGACGGGUCUAUCGAUGAAGUCAGCAGCGACCAGGAUGAUGAAGACGAGGAAGAGGUGGAUCUGGGAAUUAACGACGCCACGCACGACAAGGAGAAAGAUAAGCAGAGGACGAACGAGGGUGAUGAGGAUGAUGGAGAAAAUUAUACCUGGAGGCGAAGCGAAGGCGAGGUCAAAGAGCGCGGCCGCAUGUCGAUGGACAGCACCGCCACGGGAGCCACGGGCACGAGCAACAAGUCGGGCAGCAGCAAGAACCCCAUCAAGAAGUACAGGGAGUACCGCAACCGCAGUAGAGAUCUGCACCGCCAGCAUCGCGGGCUGAUGCAGUGGAAACCGAUGCGCAAUGUUCAAUUUGCCAAGGACGAAGCAGUGUUCGCCACGAGGCGGUUGAUGAAGGUUGGCAGCUUGAGCGGCCGGAAGCCUGAUGUUGAGACCGAGGUCUAA